GUGGACGCCGGUAUAAAACAGAAGAGCCAGGUUGAGACAAAAGUCUACGUCAAGAGGAUUUGGUGUGUGAGGGUCCAGAGGAGAGCAUCCAGAAAUGAAUAGAGUAACUAAAAGUCACGUGACCCCACCCAUGUAUUUCCCUAGCAUGUGUACAGCCCCUUUCUUUAAGGUGUCUGUGUUUGACCGGGAACAUUUCCAGGGCAAGUGUUUGGAGUUCACCUCGGAGUGCUGCAGCAUCCACGACUGCGGCCUGGACAACAUCCGCUCCAUCCGAGUGGAGAGUGGAGCGUGGGUGGGUUUCGAGCAUCAUGACUUCCAGGGCCAGCAGUUCAUCCUGGAGAGAGGCGAGUACCCCAACUGGGAGGCCUUCAGCGGCUCCCUGUCCUACCACACAGAGCGCUUCAUGUCCUUCCGCCCCAUCUACUGUGCUUCUCACCACAGCAGCCGUAUGAUGAUUUUCGAGAGGGAGAACUUCAUGGGCCGCAGCACCGAGCUGAGCGACGACUACCCCUCCCUGCAGGCCAUGGGCUGGUUCAAGCCUGAGGUCGGCUCCAUGCACGUGCAGUGUGGAGCCUUUGUGUGCUAUGAGUAUCCGGGCUACAGGGGCCAGCAGUACAUCAUGGAGGAUGACAAACACAGCGGAGACUACCAGGCCUGGAGAAACUGGGGCUCCCACUGCCAGACUCCCAAGAUCCAGUCCAUCAGACGCAUCAGGCACUGAGAGGGAUCGGAGCGGGACCAGCAGCAGCCGCAGAGCCUGGUCUCAGGCUAACACCUGGGCACUGUGCUUUGACGGCCUGAAUAUAAGCUCAAAGCCAACUUUAGUUUUGCUUCUGAGCUUGGUGCUUCAUUACGUCAGCACUGUGACUACAACACAAACCAUCAGUGAUGUAGCAGCUACCUCUUUAUCCCAGCUCAUAUUCAAAUAUUCUUGUUAAUACUUAUUUUGUUUGAGUACAAAUGAAAUAAAAUUCAGAUUCAGAACAUGAGACGUCCUUCCUGUAAUUCCUGUGUGAGUGCACAUAUUCAGAGACGAGGACAAUGGCAAUUUACAGAUCAGUUCAUCCAUAAGUUAGGGAUCAAGAAUAGAACAGGAACAAAGAUCACAGUGCAAAUCUAAUGAUGACAUAACAGUUGUGUGAAACUAUUAAGGUAGAAAUUUUUCCACAUCAUUUUUUAUGAGUUAUAAUUCUGUUGUAUCAGAACAUGCUUAAUGUGUAUGUAAAUGUACUGAAUGUAUUAUGAACAAAGUACAUUUGUACAUAAGUUCAAUUUUGAGGCACAGGCACAAUGUUUGAGUUUCUUUCUUGAUAAAUAAUCUUUUACUCCUUGGCCCAUAUUACUCAAGCAUCUCAUACUCUCUGCUGAAAGUUAAACUAGCACAAUGAUACAGUGUUUUAAAUGCAAAACAUUUAGACUUAAAAAAUGUGCAGAUUAGUUUUUAGCAUUUAUAUAUAUAAAAACUCAUAUCAGUAAUUUAACACUGGAAAGUGAUAAAACGUAAUUGUUCUCUUCAGCUGAAAUAACUUUUACUCUGAAAGUUCAUUAUAUUAUAGUAUAUCUAAGCUUACAUAAGUAAAAUACAUAGGUUUUCAUUGAUGUAAUCUAUAUAUAUGUAAACGUGUGGGUAUGUAAAUGUCCUGUGUCACAAUAACUGUAAUGAAACAUUUAGUCUUGCUGUUCUUUGCAUUGGUUGCAUUACUUUCAAGUUUCCAUGGCGAUAAGUGUUUGGCAGUCACCACUGGCUUAAUAUAAAGUUGGUGACUGACAACACACCACCCACCCUCUAGUCAAGAGAAAUACAAUCACAGACAGCAGCAGUUAACUUCAGCACAAUCUUUAGUUCAUUCACAGCUGUGUGUGACAAUGCAUUACAUAAGUGAAAGGACCAGUGUGUAGGAUUUAGAAGGAUCUAUUGGCAGAAAUCAUACUCACAAUUAUAUUUUCAUUAGUGUCUAAUCAACUGAAACUAGGAAUCAUGUUUUUUUUUUAGCUUAGAAUGAGCCCUUCAUAUCUACAUAGGGAGCGGUUGCUCUUCCACGGAGCCUGUAAAGUGUCACUGCCAUGUUUCUAUAGUAGCCCAGAAUGGACAAACACAGCUCUGGCUCUAGAGAGGGCCUUUCAUGUUUUUAUGUUACCUGAAGGCCACCAUAUAUUAGGCUACAUGCUUGGAAAGGGAGGGGUGAGGAGUAUUCAGUUGGUUACAAUCUGCGACCUCACCACUAGAUGCCACUAAAUCCUACACACUGGUCCUUUAACAACUUCACAUGGAUUAGUGCAACAUCAAGUACCUAAUGCUUGGAUCACAGAAAUGUGAUUUGUAUUAUAAAAAUUAUAAAGGUUUAAAUAUCCACUCCACUACAGCAUGUGGAUACCAUUUCUUUCGUCUACAACUGGUUCAAAUAGAAACUCAUACUGUGAUUAUUUUAACACAAACAAUAUAAAUGAAAUAUCAGACCAUCAGUGUGAAAGCAAGCAUGCAGUCCUGAAGAACAGCCUGGUAAAUCUAGGUUACUUGACUGAGCAUGAUGUAACUUCAGAAACUAUAAAUGGUCAAAACAAAAGCAAUGAUAGGAAAUGAAGUGACAACUAUGUACAGACAGUAAAAACAGUAGGAAUGACGUAUAUAUUUUGUACAUUGCAUAACUAAACCUUCUGUGCAGCGAUGACAACUCAAAAUUACCUCCCCCAAACACUGUGUCGGCCAAUAGUAGGUCCCCAAACUUGCCAACUUUUCAUGAUUAAUAGGCUUUUUUCACACAUUUUGACUUUUCAUAGCAGCAAAAGCAUGGGUGUUACUAAUAACAUCAGCAAUGGCUCAGUUUUAUUCAAGCACCCCAGUCAGUCCUGACAAUGAGCCGGUUACACAACACAAGGACCCUGAAACUGAAGAAGCUAAACUGGAUUCAGCUGUAGUUAAUUUAAUAAUUUACACCUGUGAUUUUUCUGUUGUGACGUGUCAAAAUGUGUAGCAAGUCAAAGGCCUGUUGGGGGUGGGCAUUCAGCACAAAGCUGUUUUUGAAUCAUGAAAAAAUGAGAUAUGUAAUAACUGUAAUGUAUGCAACACUUUUUAAUACUUUUUAUGCCUUAAAUUAACACACAUUUUACAACACUCAUUAGGAUUUGUAAGAACAUGUGGACACCCUGACGUGCAGUUUCAAGACAUGAUCUGACUGUUGUUUGUUGUACAGACUUCUGUGCUAGUUCCUCCUGUUUAUUUUAGACACAUUAGCAGCGUGACUGUAGGGAUGGCAGUGUUGGUCAGUCCGCCACUUUGUUCCAGACUGAUAUGUCUCAACAUCUAUUUGAUAGAUUGCCAUGAAAGUAUGUACACAACAUUUAUGGUCUCCAAAUACCUGCAAAAACGAAUGACAUUUCCAUCAGCCUCAGCUGUGCUUUGUGUUUAAUGCUGAUUUAAUGCUACAAAUGUUAGCCUGCUAACAUGCUAAACUAAGAAGGUGAACAUUAUAAACAUGAUAGAGAACCAGUCUUGGUGUCAGUCUGGGCUAGCCUCUGUUCCACUAGCUUCUAUAGCUUAGUUCAGCGCAAUCUCUCCUUCAGCAUUUCUUUAUGAGAAAACAAAAUCACUAUUCACCACAUCAGUGGCUAUAAGAAAUUGAAACCUUCAUGAGUUAACAAAGUUAUACAACAAUUACCUUGUGUGCCUACAAAAAAACUACAGCUCCCAUGAUCCUGCUGUUAUUGCAGACAUGUCUGAAUAUUGAAUAUUAUGGACAUUGACUAAACAAAAAAAUUUAAUUUAUCUAAACAUAUGAAUUGAGCAACACGACUGUUGUGUUCCAAGGCUGGAUUUUUAGCAUUAUUACAAAUGUCAAUGGGAUUUUUAAUGAGGUUUUCUUUACUUCCAGUUUUACUUUGGCCCUCUAUACCUGCUUCACAUGAGCAUGGAAUAUAAUUAUGGGUAUCUUUGGUAAAUAUGAGCCACAAACUGCAGUAAAAAAAAAAAAAA